AUGCUGAACCUGGACGUCGAUUACAUUGAGGCAGAGGAACACUUGCGCACCUUUGGGCGCAACGGGCUGAUGGCGCAAGUGAUGCGGCUGGAGCUGGUCGGGAAGGCGGGGCAGCAGCUGGGGGCAGUGCGCGUGCUGCCGGAUGAGGUCAGGGUGGACCGCUGGGGGCAGGAGGUCAGGCACCUGCGCCUGAAGUACCUGCCGCGCGAUGGCAGUGCGCUGGUGAACGUGCCGGUGGCGCUGGUGGGCGAGGAGUCGGCGCCGGGCGUCAAGGGCGGAUCCAGGCUGCACGUCCUCAAUGACACGGUGCCGCUCGUGUGCCAGGGGUGGGCGGUGCCGCCCAGGUUUGAGCUGGACACGGGUGACUACCUGAGAUUCAGGGACUUGACACCGCCUGCCGGCUGCGAGCUGCGCGCCGAGAACCCGCGGCUGCCGGUGGUGCGAUGCGCACCCAAGGGCGUGUACGAGUGA